AGAGCCCUCUACAGGGACGUCAUGCAGGAGAACUACGAGAUGGUGACCUUGCUGGUAUUCCCCAUUCUGAAACCUGACCUGAUCGCCCAGAUGGAACAAGGGGAAGAGCUGUGGGUCCCAGAUCUCCAGGCUGCUGAGAAAAGGGAGAGCCCGAGAGGCACCUGCACAGCAGGUGAUAGGACAGUGAGUGAGAACAAGGAGGAGAAUCAGCAGGAGGAAGGUCCUGAGAAAGUGGAACUGCAGAAGAGGUUUUUGAGCAGAGCUGAAGGGAAUUUUUCCCAGCACUUGGAACAAGGAAAUGCCUGGGGAGAUCGACACAGAUCAGAGAUGCAGCUGGGAAACUAUCCUGUGAAGAAACUGGAUGAAUCCUCUGAAUGUGAUGGAGGAUGGAAGGAUCCCAAGGAAACCACAGUCCAGCAGACAAGUCACAAUGAAGAGAAACCCUACAAAUGCCUUGAGUGUGGGAAAAGAUUCCAGUUCAGUGCAAACCUUAUUAAACAUUGGAGAACCCACACAGGAGAGAAGUCCUAUGAAUGCUUGGACUGUGGGAAAAGCUUCAGUGAGAAGUCGCACUUCAUUACACACCGGAGACUGCACACAGACGAGAGACCCUAUAAAUGCCUGGAGUGCGGGAAAAGCUUUAAUGAGACAUCACACCUUAUGUCACAUCACAGAACCCACACAGGAGAGAAGCCCUAUAAAUGCUUAGACUGUGGGAAAAGCUUCAGUAGGAAGCCUUAUCUUAUUAAACACCAGAGACUUCACACGGGAGAGAGACCUUAUAAAUGCUUUGAGUGUGGGAAAGGUUUUAUCGAAAGUUCAUCCCUUACUAAACAUGAAAGAAUCCACACAGGAGAAAGACCCUAUACAUGCCUUGAAUGUGGGAAAAGCUUCAUUCAGAAGUCACAACUUAUUAUACACCAGAGAGUGCACACAGGAGAGAGACCUUAUAAAUGCCUUGAGUGUGGGAAUGAUUUCAGUAGUCGCUCCCACCUUAUUAAGCAUCAGAAAAUCCACACAGGUGACAAACCCUAUAAAUGCCUUGACUGUGGGAAAAGUUUUGUUGACAGAACAAAACUUACCACUCAUCAGAGAAUCCACACAGGAGAGAGACCCCAUAAAUGUUUAGACUGUGGGAAAAGCUUCAUUGAGAAGUCACAACUUAUUCUACACCAGAGACUGCACACAGGAGAGAGACCUUUUCAUUGUUGUGAAUGUGGGAAAAGUUUUAUUCGGAGCUCAGUGCUUAUUACACAUCAGAGAACCCACACAGGAGAGAGACCUUAUAAAUGCAUCGAGUGUGGGAAAGAUUUUAGCGAGAGCUCAAAGCUUACUACACAUCAGAGAACCCACACGGGAGAAAGACCCUACAAAUGCUUGGACUGUGGGAAAACUUUCAGUCAGCGCUCAUACCUUACUAAACACGGGAGAAUCCACAUGGGAGAGAGACCUUAUAAAUGCCUUGACUGUGGGGAAAGGUUCAGUAAGAGCUCAGAGCUGACCAAACAUCAGAGAAUCCACAAGGAUCAGGGGUGUUUGGCUGCCAAGGAUCCAGCUGCCCAUUGCUGGGGCGAGGAUUCAGCAGCAGCCGAGCAGCAGCUGGAGCCCCCAGCCCGGCCCGGCCCGCCCGGGGGGCCCCGCUCGGAGGGAAGGCUGAGGAAUCACGUCUACGUGUCACUCCAGAUCCUCCCGUCUUCCAGGGGACAGGGAAGGGAAAUGGCUGUGAUGGAGCCAGCUCAGAUGCCGGUGACCUUCGAGGAGGUGGCUGUGUAUUUCACCCAGGGGCAGGGGGCUCUGCUGGACCCCACCCAGAGAGCCCUCUACAGGGACGUCAUGCAGGAGAACUAUGAGACGGUGACCUCGCUGGGAUUCCCCGUUCCCAAACCCGACCUGAUCGCCCGGCUGGAACGAGGGGAAGAGCCGUGGGUCCUGGAUCUCCAGGCCGCCAAGGAAAGGGAGAGCCCGAGAGGCACCCACACAGCAAGUGAUAGGACAGUGAGUGAGAACAAGGUGGAGAAUCAGCAGCAGGAAGGUCCUGAGCAAGUGGAACCGCAGGAGAGGUUUUUGAGCAGAGCUGAAGGGAAUUUCUCCCAGUGCUUGGAGCAGGGAAAUGCCUGGGGAGAUCGACACAGAUCAGAGAUGCAGCUGGGAAACUAUCCCAGGAAGAAACUGGAUGAAUCUGUACCAUGUGGCGGAGGAUGCAAGGAUCUCAAGGGAGUCACAGACCAGCAGACAAGUAACAAUAAAGAGAAACCCUACAAAUGUGUUGACUGUGGGAUAAGUUUUAGCAAAAGUUCAUCCCUUAUUCAACAUGGGCGAAUCCACACAGGAGAGAGACCCUAUAAAUGCAUCGAGUGUGGGAAAGGUUUUAUCGAAAGUUCAUCCCUUACUAAACAUGAAAGAAUCCACAGAGGAAAAAGACCCUAUACCUGCCUUGAGUGUGGGAAAAGUUUCAGUGUGAAAUCAGCCCUUCAUACACAUGAGAAAACCCACACGGGAGAGAAACCCCAUAAAUGCCUGGACUGUGGGAAAAGGUUUGGGCAGAACUCAUACCUUACUGAACAUAGGAGAAUCCACACGGGAGAGAGACCAUAUAAAUGCCUUUACUGUGGGAAAACUUUUAGUCAGCGCUCACACAUUAUUAAGCAUCAGAGAAUCCACACAGGUGACAAACCCUAUAAAUGCCUCAAUUGUGGGCAACGUUUUGUUGACAGAACGAAACUUAAUAAUCAUCAGAGAAUCCACACAGGAGAGAAACCCUAUAAAUGCUUGGACUGUGGGAAAAGCUUCAUUCAGAAGUCACAACUCAUUAUACACCAGAGAGUGCACACAGGAGAGAGACCGUAUCAAUGCCUUGAGUGUGGGAAAAGUUUUAGUCAGAGCUCAAAGCUUAUUACACAUCAGCGAACCCACACAGGAGAGAGACCUUAUAAAUGCCUUAAGUGUGGGAAAAGUUUUAUUGAAAGUUCAUCUCUUAUUCGACAUGGGCAAAUCCACACAGGAGAAAGAGCCUAUCAAUGCCCUGAGUGUGAGAAAAAAUUUACAGAAAAUCGAUCCCUCAUUAAACAUAGGAGAAUACACACGGGAGAAAGACCCUAUACAUGCCGUGAGUGUGGGAAAGGUUUUAUUGAAAGUUCAUCCCUUACUAAACAUGGAAGAAUCCACACAGGAGAAAGACCCUAUAAAUGUCUUGAAUGUGGGAAAAGUUUCAGUGUGAAAUCAGGCCUUAAUAUACAUCAGAAAACCCACACAGGAGAGAAACCCCAUAAAUGCUUGGACUGUGGGAAAACUUUCAGUCAGAUCUCGUACCUUAUUAAACAUGGGAGAACCCACACGGGGGAGAGACCCUAUAAAUGCCUGGACUGUGGGAAAACCUUUAGUCAGCGCUCAUACCUUAUUAAACAUGGGAAAAUCCACACAGGAGAAAGACCCUAUAAAUGCCUUGACUGCGAGAAAGUUUUCAAUGAGCGAUCAGCCCUUAUUAGACAUGAGAGAACUCACAUGGAAGAGAAACCCCAUAAAUGCUUGGACUGUGGGAAAAGCUUCAUUCAGACAUCACAACUUCUUAUACACCAGAGAGUGCACACAGGAGAGAGACCCUUUAAAUGCUGUGAGUGUGGGGAAAGUUUUAUUCAGAACUCAAAGCUUAUUACACAUCAGCAAAUCCACACAGGAGAGAGACCUUAUAAAUGCCUUGAGUGUGGGAAAGGUUUUAGUCAGAGUUCAACGCUUAUUACACAUCAGCGAACCCACACAGGGGAGAGACCCUAUGGAUGCCUUGAGUGUGGAAAAACUUUUAUCGCAAGUUCCGCCCUUACUAAACAUAGGAGAACUCACACAGGAGAAAGACCCUAUAAAUGCCUCGAGUGUGGGAAAAGUUUCAGUGUGAAAUCAGCCCUUAAUAUGCAUCAGAAAACCCACACAGGAGAGAAACCCCAUACAUGCUUGGACUGUGGGAAAAGUUUUAGUCAGCGCUCACACCUUACUAAACAUGGGAAAAUCCACACGGGAGAGAGACCUUAUAAAUGCCUUGACUGUGGGGAAAGCUUCAGUAAGAGCUCAGAGCUUACCAAACAUGAGAGCAUUCACAAGAGUGAGAGACCCUAAAAACAGCUUGACUGCAGGAAAAGAUUCAGUUUUACUUCACACAUCCACACAACAGCGAGACCUUGAAUCUGGUUUCAUUUGGUGCUCCCGGAGUAUCAGGCAUUCACAAAUCCACAUAGGGUAGAAACCUCUGAGAUGUCCUCAGUGUGGAAAAGAUGCCAAGAGGAACUAACUCCGUACUGUACAUCAGAAACUCCUAUGCACAGCAGAGAAACAGGGCCCCGAUAAAGGGUGACCAAAAUCCAUUCUCUUUGUUCCCACACACAUCAGGGGCAUUUGGCUCCCAAGGAUCCAGCUGCCCAUUGCUGGGGUGAGGAUCCAGCAGCAGCCGAGCAUCAGCUGGUCAGGUACCCUCUGUCUCUGCCUGGUCUAAGCAAACCCCAAGCAGAGGAGGAGAAGCCCCAAUCAGCCCCUCCUCCCUGCUGCAGCCCUGGCAGCUGAGCUGAUGGGCCACAGGUGGGGGAAGGGAGAGAGAGAAACUCCUCCAGCUGCCCCCUCUGCCUGGCUGAAGUCCCCCCCCUCUCUUCCCCUCCCAGCCGGGAUCCCCCUGCCAUGGA